GAGGAAAAUAUCAUUUAUUUCUCUCCAUAUACCCAAAUCAGUCAACAUGUCAACAUGGAGAAUCACAACAAAACAUGUCCCAGUUUUCAUGCUACUACAGUAGUGCGCAUAACACUGUUAGCUCAGCAAACAACAGACAAACGUAAAAUACUGUAUCCAGUACAGGUUACAAUUACAGUAAAUAACAACAACAACAAACAUAAAAAAUAAUCUGAAAAAAACUGACAAUAUUGUACAGAAAAUACUCCAGUAAACAUGCUAUACAUUAUCUCUUCGCCUAGCUGGAUCUGGACAGAGAAUUUUAUCAACAUCACAAGCAAUAUCCUUAUUAGCAAGACAACGCGGGAAGAACCGUCUUGAAUGUCGAAUCCAUCCUUGCACAGCUGCGGCGUCGACUUGGUCACAGGCGUCCUCCAUUGCCUAAAUGAGGGGUACCUGAGCCUGGGGCUGGAGAUCGUAAACCUUCCACCGCCGUGCAGAGAAAAACUAUUCGAUAGGGUUUAGAAACGGAGAGUAUGGUGGAAGGUAUAGUACUGUCAACUGUGGAUGGUGUUGAAACCAGUUCUGGACCAAAGCAGAGCGGUGGAAUGACACAUUGUCCCAGAUGACAGUGUAUUGCAUCUGGUGCAUUUCAUUACCUGCUGUGACGAUGUGGUGCAAUCGGUCCAAAAAUACGAGAAUGUGAGGUGUGUUGUAAGGGCACAUUUUGGCAUGACGGAGGAGAACCCCAUGCUGUGGAAUAGCAGCGCAAAGGGUGAUGUUACCCCCACAUUGCCCUGGGACAUUGAUUAUAGCCCUGUGGCCAAUGAUAUUUCUGCCUCUCCUUCUUGCUUUUGUGAGGUUGAACCCUGCCUCAUCAAUAUAUAUGAAUUCAUGCAGGAUUUCCUCAGCAUCCAUCUGCAAAACUCUCUGAAAUACAGUGAAAGACAAGAUUGUGUAGUUCAGGAUAGGUCUAGUAUACAGUCAAUGUAAAAAAGUAAUGUGUGCAGUAUGCAACAUCACAGUGCUAAAGUGAACAAUACAAACCUCCACAUACUCAUGCCGCAGCCGUUUGACCCUCUCUGAAUUCCGCUCAAAAGGCACUCGAUAAAGUUGUUUCAUUUGAACCUGAUGUCUUUUCAGGAUGCGUGCCAGUGUUGACUGAGAGACCUGAUGGAUAUUAUUGAAAAUGGCAUGGUCACCGAUAAUGUUGGCUUGUAGUUCUCUGAGCCUGAUAGCAUUAUUGGCCAAAACCAUGUUUAUUAUCUCUCUCUCUUGUACUUGCGUGAAUAUGGGCCCCCUUCCUCCUUGUCGUUCCCGACCCUCAAUCCUAUGUAGAGAAUAAUACAUGUAACUUACUCUACAGGAAGGGGUAUCACAAGUGCUGAUAUGGUGCAUACAAUACAGUUUUUUUGGAUUGCUUACACACUAAAAUUAAAAGUAGUACACUAUUAGCAAAACCUUACACUCAAGAAGCAAAACAUCAGCCCAUAUUUGCACAACUAUAAGCACAUUGUCAACCUUACACUUGUUGCAAAACUCUACACACAGUGAUUUGCAAAACACUAAACACACUUAACAUACAUUACACACAAAAAUCUAUCAUGAAGUCACGUCCUUGCAAUACCAAAGCACUGACUGUCAAAUUACCACACCGUCCAACCAAUUGGUUCAACACAGUCAUCAGGUGUGCAAACACUCGUUUGCUUAAUUGUAGACACACCAAUCAGGUGUAUAAGCACUAUAAAAAGCAGCAGGUGUGUUAAUCGGUCUUCAAGCACAAUGGAAAGAGUCAGAGAAAGAGUAAGACGACGAGGAGGAGGAGGAGGAGGAGGAGGAGGAGGAGGAGGAGGAGGAGGAGGAGGAGGAGGAGGAGGACGACGACGAGGAGAACGACGAGGAGAACGACGAGGAGAACAACGAGGAGAACGAGGAGGACGAGGAGAACGAGGAGGACGAGGAGAACGAGGAGGAGGAGGAGGAGGAGGAGGAGGAGGAGGAGGAAGGGGAGGAAGAGGAAGAGGAAGACAAGAAGGUGCUCAAAGAGGACCGAAUCUGACAAAUGAGAUCCGCGCAACACUGGUUGACCACAUUGUCAACCACGGCCUGACGCUGAGGGAGGCUGGACUGCGAGUACAGCCAAAUCUAAGCCGAUAUACAGUGGCAAGUGUGAUGAGAACGUUUCGACUGGAAAAUAGGUAUUGUAAAAAUAUCAUCAUAUCAAAAACAUCUGCACGGUUUCAGUAACUGCUUACAGUACUAUAUUCUAUGCACUAUCAGCACUUCUGUUACCUUUUCCUGUGAAAUUACUGUACUCUUGUAUACUGUUUUUUUUUCUACAUAGGAUUGAGGGUCAGGGACGACAAGGGGGAAGGCCUCCUAUGUUCACAGAACAGCAAGAGAGGGAGAUAGUAAACAUGGUUUUGGCCAACAAUGCUAUAACACUCAAGCAGCUCCAAGCUAACAUUGUCAAUAACCACGCCAUUUUCAACGAUAUCCAUCAGGUCUCAACAUCAACACUGGCACGCAUCCUAAAAAAAAAACAUAUUCAAAUGAAGCAAAUUUAUCGAGUGCCUUUCGAGCGCAAUUCCGAAAGGGUGAAACGACUGCGGCAUGAUUAUGCAGAGGUAUGUAUUCACUUUAGCAGUGUGAUCUUGCAUACUGUCUCAUAAUCUUUUACUGUACUGUAAUAUGUAUACUAGAUCUACACUGAACUACACAAUUUUGCCUGACACUGUUUUUCAGAGUUUUACGAAUGGAUGGAGAGGAGAUCCAGCAUGAGUUCAUUUACGUAGAUGAGGCUGGGUUCAACCUGACGAGAACACGAAGGAGGGGAAGAAACAUCAUUGGCCACAGGGCUAUAGUCAAUGUCCCAGGGCAACGUGGGGGUAAUAUAACACUCUGUGCAGCCAUUACACAGAAUGGGGUCCUCCACCGCCAUGCCCAUAUGGGCCCUUACAACACAGCACUCAUACUUACAUUCUUGGACCAAUUGCACAACAUAACAGCAGCAAAUCAAAUCGAUCAAAUGCAAUACAUUGUUGUCUGGGACAAUGUGUCUUUCCACCGCUCUGCUCUGGUUCAGAACUGGUUUCAGCAACAUCCACAUUUCACCGUCCUAUAUCUUCCACCAUACUCUCCAUUCCUCAACCCUAUAGAAGAGUUUUUCUCGGCAUGGCGGUGGAAGGUAUAUGAUCUCCGUCUCCAGGCUGAGGUACCCCUCAUCCAAGCCAUGGAGGAGGCCUGUGACCAGAUGGAGGUAGCAGCAAUGCAAGGAUGGAUUCGUCAUUCAAGACGUUUCUUUCCAAGGUGUCUUGCUAAUGACAACAUUGCCUGCGAUGUUGAUGAAAUUCUCUGGCCAGAUCCAGCUAGGCGAAGAGACAAUGUCUAGUUAUUUAUUUUUAUUUUUUUUGAACUUACAAUAUGUAAAGUGACGUUUGGUUACAGUAUUAUGAAUCUCCAUGUCAACAUUUUGGGCGUGUUGAGAAAUAAAUGAGUUUCUUCAGUCUGCAACAUUGGUCUUGUGUAGUGUUUGGUGAAUUUACAUUAUGUUUGUACUUUGUUGAGAGUAGCCUACUCUAAUCAUAGGGAAGUAGAAGUGCUAAAAGUGUUUUAGGUUUAUCACAGCAGAGUGUAACUCGUGCAAACAGAGUAUAGUAAUGUGAAACGUGUGUGUUUCAUAUGGUAACAAAGUGUGGUUUUUAAAAAGAAGUGUAUAGUUUUUACAAGAGUGUUUAAUUUUGCAAAGGAUCUGUAGUGUUUUGCUAAUUGGGUGUGUGGUUGUGCUAAUUGUGUGUAGUGUUUUGAAAACACGGGCCCUGUUUUGAAAAUCGUGCUUAAGCAAUCAAAAAAAACUGUAAACGGCUGAUUACUGUAACUGUAGACAGAUCUUAUUUUACCUGUUUUCCUGUCGAAAAGUCCUUAUGACAGAUGCCACUGUAUAUCUGCUAAGAUUUGGCUGAACUCUCAUUCCAGCCUCCCUCAGCGUCAAUCCGUGGUUCACAACAUGGUCCACUAGUGUUGCACGAAUGUCAUUUGAUAAGUUUGGUCCUCUUCUUCUUUGUGCACGUUCUCCUCCUGCUUCAGGUCUUCCUCGACCUCUGGCUCGGCCUCUGCCUCUUCCUCUACCUUCUUCUCCUCCUCUGUGUACUCCUCCUCUCACCCUCACUCUUCUUCUGACUCCUUCCAUUUUGGUUGAAGGCAGGUGAACCUACCUGCUGCAUUUUUAUAGAGCUUAAACCUGUUUGGUGUGUCUACAAUUUAGCAAUCAUUUGUUUGUGCACCUGAUGGCUGUGUUUAACAGAUUGGCUCAUAGGUGUGGUAAUUUGACAGUCAGUGCUUUGGAAUUGCAAGGAAGUGACAUCAUGAUAUACUUCUGUGUCUGAUGUAUACAAGUGUGUUUAGUGUUUUGCAAAUCACUGUGUGUAAUGUUUUGCAAAUAGUGUGAAGCUGACAAUGUGCUUACAGUUGUGCAAAUCUAGCCUUGUGUUUUGCUCCUUGAGUGUAAGGUUUUGCUAAUUGUGGGAAAAGUUUAAUUUUAGUGUGUAAGCAAUCGUAAAAAACUGUAAUGAAACCCUGGUCAUCUUGUGUACGAGAUGAAGUAAAGGGUAGAUGGAGAAGGUCUGGGAAAGCCAUUGUGAGAAGAGAAAAAUAAAGUAAGAUGGAGAAAGUGAGUGUGUGAGAGAGGAAACUAGAUUGAGAGAGAGAGGGAGAGGGAGAGGGGAGGAAAGAGGAAGAGAGGGGAGAUUUGCCCCAACAAUGAGUGUCUGUGCUGGAAACAGUAGCAGGGAAGGAGCAGAAUUGCCAUUGGCUCACUCUAAGGGUGUGUGUGUGUGUGUGUGUGUGUGUGUGUGUGUGUGUGUGUGUGUGUGUGUGUGCAUGCGUGCAUGCAUGCGGGCAUAUUUGUAUGCGUGUAUAACACAUGAGUGCAUGUGUACAAACUCAGUGUGUGUGGUUCGAUUUAUGUUUUGAGGCUUUGCGAGUGCGUGAGUGUAGAUGUGCAGCAGGGUGGGCAUUUCUCUUGUUGUGAGUGGACAUAGAGUUGGGAGGACACUAACAGGUGGGGGAUUGUUGGAGUGGGUGGGGUUGGCUGGCUGGGGGACUGAUGGAGGGGGUGGGGUUGGCUGGCUGGCUGGGGGACUGUUGGAGGGGGUGGGGUUGGCUGGCUGGCUGGCUGGGGGACUGAUGGAGGGGGUGGGGUUGGCUGGCUGGGGGACUGAUGGAGGGGGUGGGGUUGGCUGGCUGGGGGACUGAUGGAGGGGGUGGGGUUGGCUGGCUGGCUGGCUGGGACCAGUUGUGUUAAUACCAACCUUAUAUCUCCACAUCAGAUUGCUGUCUGUUUCUGUGGAAUUUAUGAAUGCUUUUCUUUUUGAAGAUCUCUAUAAUUAUAAGCACACUGUUUCAGUCAGGCAGAUAGAUGGUAAUAACCACAGAACACAUGGAAGUGACAUGCUGUGGAUAUGGAUAGUAAGGGUCUAUACUAAUUGGUUGGGGAUGCUUUUCAGCCAUUUCCAUCAUCAACCAGUAGUCCAGUAUAUCAGGUUAAGUGCCUAUCAGAAAAGCAACACAGUUGACAGAUUUUGUGUAAUUCUACCAUUCAAUUGGUCCUUUUCUGUCCUAUGCUUUAGCGGCAGGUGGUCAGUCAGUCAGUCAAAGUUCAGUUUCACUCUGAACACAAACAGGUGUACCUGUUGUAGCCAGCCAAGGCAGGUUGGAGAGAUACAGUAAGUCAAUAGAACCACCAAUACCUCUGUCCUCUGCUCUCCUCCUGCUACCCUACUAUGGCAGGUAGAGUCAACAGAGUGCUAUGGACUUUUAUAACAUAUUAUAGUGAGAAAUGGCCACAAACAUGUAGCAGAUACACACAAGCAUGCAAGCAUACAGUACACCCACCCAUGCAUACACAUCCACGCACAAACAUACACACACACACACACACACACACCUCAGCUAUCCCCCAUGUGUGUGUACCGUGACACAUGCCUCCUGAGUCUCCUGGGGAGUGCUGACAGUCUUGAACAACGCACCACAGGCAUCUUGCUGGGGUCACCAAACGCAACACGCACGCUGACGUAGGACAGCCAGUGAAAGUUUGUGCCAGUUUGUGUGUGUCAGUCACAAAAAGCAUUAAGCACAAGCUUGGAAAGAGUGCAUGUGUGUGUCUGAGAGAGCGGAAGAGAGGUAGAGCGAGAGAGAGAGAGAAUGGAGAGAGAAUGGAGAGAGAAUGGAGAGAGGUAGAGCGAGAGAGAGAGAGAAUGGAGAGAGAAUGGAGAGAGAAUGGAGAGAGAAUGGGGAGAGAAUGGAGAGAGAAUGGAGAGAGAAUCACAGUUGCUUUAAAGUCAUAGACAUCACACAAAUGACAUCAUUGUCUUUAGUCUCAUCAUCUGAACUUGACUGUCCCUGUCUGUCUGACUCACCAUCGUUGGAUUACAGUAUAUUGACAUUGCAUUGUUGUGCCUAACAUGGUGAUGUCUGAGACAACAAACUGUUCACAUUUUGAUUGAUUUACUGUAGUAGGAUAAUAGAUUUAGUGGAUGUGAUGUCUUUCAGCAGAGAAAACAGCGUCUAUUAUUUUGGAGUGCUAGAAUGAUGAAUCAAUCACUGGAUCUCUGAAAGCAGUGCAUUGAUGAGGAGAUAGGCCUACGUGCUUGUUCGACUGAUCAAAUGGAACGUCAUGGCUACGCCCAAAUAGCAGUGAUUGAAAAUAAAGAUAUCCUCUAAAGAAACAACAACACUAGUCUGCACAAUCGUUUAUCAACUUCUACAGUAGUUGCCCAGCCUACAAUUGGAUUAUGGGGGUGUCAACUUCAGGCUCGGCCACUCUCCUGACCAUAAUUGAAAAGUUUUUUCCCCUGUUCGUCGCACUAAGUGGACAUUUCCACUAAGCUCUCGCCCCUCCUACCCGGGGUCCAGUAAAAGCCAACAUUUACAAAUUGUCAGUGGCGAGUCGAUACAGAAUUCGCCACUCACUGGAGCGAGAGGCGCGCGGAAGACCUGUCAACGAAUUAUGAGUGUGGAUCGUAUAUUUGAUGAGCUUGGACACUUCAAAAGGUACCCAGAACAAUAAUGUAAUUUCCACUUUAAUUGAACUUCAUUUUGGAGAGAAACAUAUGUAGUGCAUUGCGUCAUUAGCGCGUUAAAAUGGGAUAAACAUUCUCCGUUAGAAUAGCCUAUAUUUAUUUGUUUCAUUCUCACUAUAUUCAAAACACUUGAUGUAGCCCUAUUGUCAAUGUUUGUAUUUUUUGUACAUGGAUAAUAUUCUGUUUUUGUUAGGCUACUUUAUAAAGAAAAAAACCAUUAAAAAAAAUAUUACAGUAGGAUAUCAUAAAUGUUUGGGAGUCAUUUUACUUCAUUGUGCAUUCAUCAAUCAUAGUGAAGUCAUUUCUAUGUGUUGGAUAGUGAAGGGUUUCAUUCCUUUGAUGCAACUUCCUCAUGUUGUCCUUUUAUUGAACCCCUAGAUUCCAGAACAUAACAGGACUCUCCCCUCAUCUCUUCUCCUCCUCCUAGGUUCCAGGCAUGUCUGUACUUUGCUGCUGUCUUCCAGGCCAUAGCCUGUGGAAUCCACUACCUGGCCUCUGUGUUCCUUGUGGAGAGGCCAAGCUUCGUCUGCGCACCGCCGGGUAACAUAACUGACGUCCUGUACGGGAACUACACAGGCGCUUCCCUGGAGGAGGUGCUACCGUUCUUUAAACCGGCGAACGGGCCCGUGGUGGUGCGGACCGCGGAGGGCGAACAGUGGGAGCUCAGCACCUGCCAACGAACCCAACGAAUUAACCCCACAGACUUUACCUACGAGCAGCUCAUCAACAGGACGACAGAGAAGUGUGACGGGAACUACCAUUACGUGUAUGACCACAGCGAGGUGUAUCAGAGCAUCGUGACGGACUGGGACCUGGUGUGUGACAGGGAAUGGCUGGCCAAGCUGUGUCAGCCCACUUUUAUGAUUGGUGUGCUGGUCGGAGCGCUGGUGUUCGGGGACAUCGCUGAUAGGUAAGAGGAGCUCUCCCCACCUACCUAUUCCCAAAUAUGGGGAAUGUGUCUGCCUCCUGCGGUGCCUCUGUGCCCCUCCCCAGCUGUGCCCCUGUGCCCUGUCCCUCCCUGGCUGGGCCCCUGUGCCCUGUACCUCUCUGGCUGUGCCCCUGUUCCCUGUCCCUCCCUGGCUGGGCCCCUGUGCCCUGUACCUCCCUGGCUGUGCCCUGUACUUCACCUAGCUGUGCCCCUGUGCCCUGUCCAUCCCUGGCUGUGCCCCUGUGCUCCUCCCUGGCUGUGUCUCUAUGCCACACAGCGCAGGGAAAGCUGUGACACACUUCGCUCAGAAAUUGAUUGGUUCUCUCGUUGUUUGGAUUUGAAAAUCCAACAAUUGUAAUGGAAGAGGGCGGUGCUUGGGGGCUGUCAAUAUGGUGGGGUAUAGUACAGCAUGGCAUUAAGAUAUUACAUCCUAUUUAGUGAAGGGGAAGAUGAGCAGUUAGAUGGUUUCUUAGAGUUAGACAGACUACUAGGCUACUUCCAUACUCAUACACUGGGGCAGUAUGCAUGCGGCAUUAGCCAACUUGUUCAUUGAUUUGUUCCAUCUGGUCUGGCGGACUUGAGUCACAUGCAGGCACGUUCACACACUCACACACACACACACACAAACAAACAACAUACACACCUAUGAACUCAGCCACUACUGUUGUGUAGCGAUGUACAAUUUCAACCCAAACUGCUGCCAUGUGGCUGACCCUGUGGCUGACGCUGUGGCUGACCCUGUGCUGCUCCCAGCUUUUUGUCUGUCGAACAGUAUUUUAACCAUAUUUGUUCUGCUCUGGAUCAAUGCCUUGAGUCACAUGCAGUCACAUACUCACACAACAAACAAACCAACUCAAUCACAACUUCUGUGUGGCGAUGUGCAAUCCCCAGUCAGCAAUACAAUACUCAUAUGAGCUUGUGUGACAUUGAAUAGUUUUCUUUCAACUCUUCCCAUGUCGUCAGCUACAGUAGAUAGCAGAGGGCCUUUUUUGUAAAUGAAGCAUGUCUCUUCCUCUAGAACAGGGGUGUGAAACAGACGGCCAGUGGGCGGUUUGAGUAAAAGAGUGUACUCAAAAUGACUAAAACCAAAUGGAAACUGUGUAGAAAUUAAAAUUGACUUACAUUCAUAGUGUCUUGAGUGUGUCCAGCUCGCUAAUAAUAACUGAAAUGACAGUCCGGGAGCAUAGAAAAUUCCAGAAACGAUGGAUAGAGGACCGAAUGUAGCCCCCAGGGCAAAAUUAGUUUGACACCCCUGCUCUAGAACCAAUGGCUCAGUCAGUCAGUAUGACAGUCAGCCACAACAGAGGCCUAACUAUUCAACUGUACACCCUAACAAGUAAUCCUAACUUUUCACAUUCCCCCCCCCCCCCCCCCCCCCCCCCCCCUCCCUCCCUCUCUCUCCUCUGUCUCUCAGGGUUGGCAGACGGAGGAUCCUGAUGAUCACCAGCCUGUGCCAGUUUGUGUUUGGUGUAAGCGUGGCAUUCACGGGGAACUACUACCUAUUUAUGGUCAUACGCUUCCUGCUCGCCAUGGUAUGUUUGUGUGUGUGUGUGUGUGUGUGUGUGUGUGUGUGUGGAGAGGAAUGUAGUGUAGGGCAUGCAGUAAGGAGACACAAUAAAAUAUUAUCUUAUGGUAGAAUCCUAACUUUACUUAACAUUUCAAACUAAUCUCCCUAGACAUACUGUGAGUUCUUGAUUUAUGCAGAAGUCAAGUUCAAGAAUGCAGUUAUAUUCAUAUAUUAGUUAGUAUUCAUCCAGUAUUUAUUUUUGUCAGUAUUAGAUUAUGUGCCUAAAAGGAAUGACAGGUUGUACUAGAGGCAAAGGGAGAGAGUCGUUAAUAUUACCAGGACACAAGGCUAUAAACGGUUGCUUACACAGUAGGCCCUAUGUUGUGCCCAGACACCCUGUGCUGUUCAUAACAGAACACAUAUACACACAUUCUCAGUCUUACGGCCAGGUGUCUGUUCAACCGUACAUUCUCUCUGACCAUUGCCAAAUUCUGGUCUUGUUCAUAUUGUAGUCUGUGAAUACACACACACACACACACAUGGUUGGACAUCACUCACCAACCAUUAUUAGCAUUGUUUUGCAUCUACUUUAUGGACAAUUAGCCACUGAAUUGAUGGAGGGGUCAUCUUUAAUCAAGAUCUCUUGAUUAUUAAUGAAUGGGAAUCUUAUGACAGAACAGAUGUGUGGCUGUAUGUGUGUUGUGUGUGUGUUGUCACAUGCCUCUAUGUUGGCCAGCCCUCUCAGUAGAGGGUGUGGCUUAUGUUUGACAAACAGCCGAGGAACAGCUGACGACAGUGAAAGAAAUCGUGGAAGAGUUACAUAUUUGAAAUGUCCUUUUAGAAACCAAAAGCACAAUCAACAAGACUAUUGCCCUUGUAUAUACAGUGGGGGAAAAAAGUAUUUAGUCAGCCACCAAUUGUGCAAGUUCUCCCACUUAAAAAGAUGAGAGAGGCCUGUAAUUUUCAUCAUAGGUACACGUCAACUAUGACAGACAAAAUGAGAAAGAAAAAUCCAGAAAAUCACAUUAUAGGAUUUUUAAUGAAUUUAUUUGCAAAUUAUGGUGGAAAAUAAGUAUUUGGUCAAUAACAAAAGUUUCUCAAUACUUUGUUAUAUACCCUUUGUUGGCAAUGACACAAGUCAAACGUUUUCUGUAAGUCUUCACAAGGUUUUCACACACUGCUGCUGGUAUUUUGGCCCAUUCCUCCAUGCAGAUCUCCUCUAGAGCAGUGAUGUUUUGGGGCUGUCGCUGGGCAACACGGACUUUCAACUCCCUCCAAAGAUUUUCUAUGGGGUUGAGAUCUGGAGACUGGCUAGGCCACUCCAGGACCUUGAAAUGCUUCUUACGAAGCCACUCCUUCGUUGCCCGGGUGGUAUGUUUGGGAUCAUUGUCAUGCUGAAAGACCCAGCCACGUUUCAUCUUCAAUACCCUUGCUGAUGGAAGGAGGUUUUCACUCAAAAUCUCACGAUACAUGGCCCCAUUCAUUCUUUCCUUUACACGGAUCAGUCGUCCUGGUCCCUUUGCAGAAAAACAGCCCCAAAGCAUGAUGUUUCCACCCCCAUGCUUCAUAGUAGGUAUGGUGUUCUUUGGAUGCAACUCAGCAUUUUUGUCCUCCAAACACGACGAGUUGAGUUUUUACCAAAAAGUUAUAUUUUGGUUUCAUCUGACCAUAUGACAUUCUCCCAAUCCUCUUCUGGAUCAUCCAAAUGCACUCUAGCAAACUUCAGACGGGCCUGGACAUGUACUGGCUUAAGCAGGGGGACACGUCUGGCACUGCAGGAUUUGAGUCCCUGGCGGCGUAGUGUGUUACUGAUGGUAGGCUUUGUUACUUUGGUCCCAGCUCUCUGCAGGUCAUUCACUAGGUCCCCCCGUGUGGUUCUGGGAUUUUUGCUCACCGUUCUUGUGAUCAUUUUGACCCCACGGGGUGAGAUCUUGCGUGGAGCCCCAGAUCGAGGGAGAUUAUCAGUGGUCUUGUAUGUCUUCCAUUUCCUAAUAAUUGCUCCCACAGUUGAUUUCUUCAAACCAAGCUGCUUACCUAUUGCAGAUUCAGUCUUCCCAGCCUGGUGCAGGUCUACAAUGUUGUUUCUGGUGUCCUUUGACAGCUCUUUGGUCUUGGCCAUAGUGGAGUUUGGAGUGUGACUGUUUGAGGUUGUGGACAGGUGUCUUUUAUACUGAUAACAAGUUCAAACAGGUGCCAUUAAUACAGGUAACGAGUGGAGGACAGAGGAGCCUCUUAAAGAAGAAGUUACAGGUCUGUGAGAGCCAGAAAUCUUGCUUGUUUGUAGGUGACCAAAUACUUAUUUUCCACCAUAAUUUGCAAAUAAAUUCAUUAAAAAUCCUACAAUGUGAUUUUCUGGAUUUUUCUUUCUCAAUUUGUCUGUCAUAGUUGACGUGUACCUAUGAUGAAAAUUACAGGCCUCUCUCAUCUUUUUAAGUGGGAGAACUUGCACAAUUGGUGGCUGACUAAAUACUUUUUUUCCCCACUGUAUGUUACCGUGUGCAUGUGUAUGCUAAUGCUUGAAUAUCUGUGUGUUGUAUGUGUUUGGGCUAAUAUCUGGGUCAUUCCCAGAGGAUAAGGUUUGACCUAACCACAGUCUGCUUUCAGGAUCCAUUUACUAAUCACAGAUCAGAGGAUAAGACACAUGACACUAGCUUUCAGGCAUUAGAUUAACUUUCUGCAUCAACAGUAAAGUGUGUGUGUGUGUGUGUGUGUGUGUGUGUAGCCUAUAUGUGAUUUGAAGCUCUGGCCCUGUGUUGUGUUCCCUCCCUCUCGGCAGGUGUCUAGUGGCUACCUUGUGGUCGUGUUUGUGUACGUGACCGAGUUCACCGGCAACAAGGUGCGCACGUGGACCUCCAUGCACGUGCACGCCGCCUUCGCUGUGGGCGUCAUGAUGGUAGCGAUCUCGGGCUACCUGGUGCGGACCUGGCGGAGCUACCAGAUCAUCCUCUCCACCUGCACCUCCCCCUUCCUCUUCUUCUGCUGGAAGUUCCCAGAGACGCCCUUCUACCUGAUGGCUAAGGGGAGGCUCCAGGAGACCCAGGUCCUGCUGGACUCCAUAGCCCGCUUCAACGGCCUGGAGCCUGGCCGCCUGAGGGCCGAGAACCUCCUGGAGCCCGAGGAGGCUCUGCUGGAAAAGGAGGUGACAGCGGGGGUAGCCCAGCCGGUGGAGCCCGAGAGGAAGCUGAGCAUCCUGGACCUGUUUGGGACGUGGAGGAUGGCAUGGAGGACAGUGACGGUGUGGGCCGUGUGGUUCAUCGGCAGCCUGGGUUACUACGUCUUCUCCCUGGGCUCCGUUAACCUGGGGGGCAACCAGUACAUCAACCUCUUCCUGGCUGGUGAGACUGGGAUGGGGGUGUGUGUAGGUGGGGCAUAUGAUGUGGAUGUACUGUAUGUACUAUGGGUGUGUGUUUAUUGAAUGGGUGAUUAUAGGAGUGACCAUGGAGUGGCUACGAAUCAAGCUAUAUAUAUUUAAUACCCUAUCAAGCAAAAAUGUAUUCAUAUAGUACAUGUAGCUGGUCAUGGACAGAUGGGCAUUCUAUACACUGAACUACAGCUGCUGAACUCUACUACUGUAUAUGUGGCUGAUGUUGAUACUGAGACAAUAUGGGCUGGCUGAGGUAGCUAUAGACAGACAGACAGGCAGUGUUGUGUGGUGCUGCUGUUAGGUGGUGCUGCUACUAGGUGGUGCUGCUACUAGGUGGUGCUGUUAGGUGCUGCUACUAGGUGGUGCUGUUAGGUGCUGCUACUAGGUGGUGCUGCUACCAGGGGGUGCUGCUACUAGGUGGUGCUGCUACUAGGUGGUGCUGCUACUAGGUGGUGUUGCUACUAGGUGGUGCUGCUAUUAGGUGGUGCUGUUACUAGGUGGUGCUGUUACUAGGUGGUGCUGUUACUAGGUGGUGCUGUUACUAGGGGGUGCUGCUACUAGGUGGUGCUGCUACUAGGUGGUGCUGCUACUAGGUGGUGCUGCUAUUAGGUGGUGCAGUUACUAGGUGGUGCUGCUACUAGGUGGUGCUGCUACUAGGUGGUGCUGCUAUUAGGUGGUGAUGUUACCAGGUGGUGCUGUUACUAGGUGGUGCUGUUACUAGGUGGUGCUGCUACUAGGUGGUGCUGCUACUAGGUGGUGCUGAUACUAGGUGUUGCUGCUAUUAGGUGUUGCUGCUAUUAGGUGGUGCUGCUACUAGGUGGUGCUGUUACUAAGUUGUGUUGUUACUAGGUGGUGCUGCUACUAGGUGGUGCUGCUAUUAGGUGGUGCUGUUACUAGGUGGUGCUGUUACUAGGUGGUGCUGCUAUUAGGUGGUGCUGCUAUUAGGUGGUGCUGUUACUAGGUGGUGCUGCUACUAGGUGGUGCUGCUACUAGGUGUUGCUGCUAUUAGGUGGUGCUGCUACUAGGUGGUGGUGCUGCUACUAGGUGGUGGUGCUGUUACUAGGUGGUGCUGCUGCUAGGUGGUGCUGCUGCUAGGUGGUGCUGCUGCUAAUUCAGGCUCCUACAGCGACAGACAGAGUUGUGUUUAUACAGACAGAGCUGCAGAACUGUCUGUGUCUGGUCUGUCCCAUGGCUCAGCAUGUUGACUGUUCUGUGUUGACUAUUCUGUUUAUACUACAGGAAGGAUACUGGACAGAAUACUGCUUUGGGCUUUAAGUUAAUGUAUGGGCACCUCCACUGUAACAGACAACUGUUUAAAACUGGAUGUGCCGUUGGAUGUAUACAUCGUUUUAAAGUCAUUACCUAAUAUGUGUGUUGUGAAGCAACAGAACUAGUUGUGUUUCAGUUUUCUCCCGUUCUGGUUUCAUUUAGGACAGAUCAGGGCUGGAUUUCCCAAAAGCAUCGUAGCACUAAGAUCAUCUUUCGUACAUUUAGUUUAAAUGAAAUUACAAUUAUCUUAGUACUACGAUGCUUUUGGGAAACCCAGCCCAGGUCAGUAAAAGAUACUAUAUAUUUUUUAACCAUGAUUCACUUUGUUGGACACAAAAAUAUCUCACUAGGUAUUUAGGCUAGGUACUUGUGGAAUGCACAUGUAAUGAGGGCAAUGAGAAUAAUGUAAUAAGCCUAUAUUGUGUUUGGAAGAUCUUUUUUUAAGAAAGAGCCACAACCCCCACUUCCUGCUCAGAGUAAGCCUAGCUAUCUGUGGCUCUCUUUUUGCCUGCCAUCUAAACUCAGCAAAAAAAGAAACGUCCCUUUUUCAGGACCCUGUCUUUCAAAGAUAAUUUGUAAAAAUCAAAAUAACUUCACAGAUCUUCAUUGUAAAGGGUUUAAACACUGUUUCCCAUGCUUGUUCAAUUAACCAUAAACAAUUAAUGAACAUGCACUUGUGGAAGGGUCGUUAAGACACUAACAGCUUACAGACGGUAGGCAAUUAAGGUCACAGUUAUGAAAACUGAGGACACUAAAGAGGCCUUUCUACUGACUCUGAAAAACACCAAAAGAAAGAUGCACAGGGUCCCUGCUCAUUUGCGUGAACGUGCCUUAGGCAUGCUACAAGGAGGCAUGAGGACUGCAGAUGUGGCCAGGGCAAUAAAUUGCAAUGUCCGUACUGUGAGACGCCUAAGAUAGCGCUACAGGGAGACAGAACGGACAGCUGAUCGUCCUCACAGUUGCAGACCACGUGUAACAACACCUGCACAGGAUCGGUACAUCCGAACAUCACACCUGCGGGACAGGUACAGGAUGGCAACAACAACUGCCCGAGUUACUACAGGAACGCACAAUCCCUCCAUCAGUGCUCAGACUGUCCUCAAUAGGCUGAGAGAGGCUGGACUGAGGGCUUGUAGGCCUGUUGUAAGGCAGGUCCUCACCAGACAUCACCGGCAACAACGUCGCCUAUGGGCACAAACCCACCGUCGCUGGACCAGACAGGCAUAAAGUGCUCUUCACUGACGAGUCGCGGUUUUGUCUCACCAGGGGUGAUGGUCGGAUUCGCGUUUAUCGUCUAAGGAAUGAGCGUUACACCGAGGCCUGUACUCUGGAGCGGGAUCGAUUUGGAGGUGGAGGGUCCGUCAUGGUCUGGGGCGGUGUGUCACAGCAUCAUCGGACUGAGCUUGUUGUCAUUGCAGGCAAUCUCAACGCUGUGCUUUACAGGGAAGACAUCCUCCUCCCUCAUGUGGUACCCUUCCUGCAGGCUCAUCCUGACAUGACCCUCCAGCAUGACAAUGCCACCGGCCAUACUGCUCAUUCUGUGCGUGAUUUCCUGCAAGACAGGAAUGUCAGUGUUCUGCCAUGGCCAGCGAAGAGCCCGAAUCUCAAUCCCAUUGAGCACGUCUGGGACCUGUUGGAUCGGAGGGUGAGGGCUAGGGCCAUUCCCCCCAGAAAUGUCCGGGAACUUGCAGGUGCCUUGGUGGAAGAGUGGGGUAACAUCUCACAGCAAGAACUGGCAAAUCUGGUGCAGUCCAUGAGGAGGAGAUGCACUGCAGUACUUAACGCAGCUGGGGGACACACCAGAUACUGACUGUUAUUUUGAUUUUGACCACCCCCCUUUGUUCAGGGACACAUUAUUCAAUUUAUGUUAGUCACAUGUCUGUGGAACUUGUUCAGUUUAUGUCUCAGUUGUUGAAUCUUGUUAUGUUCAUACAAAUAUUUACACAUGUUAAGUUUGCUGAAAAUAAACGCAGUUGACAUUGAGAGGACGUUUCUUUUUUGCUGAGUUUAGCAAAUACCUCAGCUGUUUUCUCUAUGCUCUCAAGUAUCAAAGGCUAAACAGUCUCGUCACCAGGACCUUUCAGUCAAAUUACGGCCACUGCUGGCCCAGUUCCAGAUGUCACCACACAGAAUGUCACCAUGCCCGCUGCCUUGCUCUGACAUCCUCUGUGAUUGUCUGUUUCCAGGUGCGGUGGAGUUCCCCUCCUACCUGAUUGGCUGUUAUGCGAUGGACCGGGUGGGCAGAAAGAGGACAUGUGCCACGGCUCUGCUGCUGGCUGGAACGGCCUGCAUGCUCAUCAUUGUGGUGCCAAACGUAUGUACAAGCAAUCGUGUGUGUGUGUGUGUCUGUGUGGGUGUGUGAGCUAGAGAGAGAUCAAAGGAUAGGAGCCAGUGUGACAAAUCCCUAACCAUUCAGAAUUCAUGUUAGUACAAAUGGCCUGUGCACAGAAGGUUACAUGCCCUGACCUACAGUGCCUUGCAAAAGUAUUCAUCCCCCUUGGCGUUUUUCCUCUUUUGUUGCAUUACAACCUGUAAUUUAAAUUGAUUUUUAUUUGGAUUUCAUGUAAUGGACAUACACAAAAUAGUCCAAAUUGUGAAGUAAAAAAAUAAAAAAUAACGUGUUAAAAAACAUUCGACUAAAUAAAUAAUGGAAAAGUGGUGUGUGCAUAUGUAUUCACCCCCUUUGCUAUGAAGCCCCUAAAUAAGAUCUGGUGCAACCAAUUACCUUCAGAAGUCACAUAAUUAGUUAAAUAAAGUCCACCUGUGUGCAAUCUAAGUGUCACAUGAUCUCAGUAUAUAUACACCUGUUCUGAAAGGCCCCAGAGUCUGCAACACCACUAAGCAAGGGGCACCACCAAGCAAGCGGCACCAUGAAGACCAAGGAGCGCUCCAAUCAGGUCAGGGACAAAGUUGUGGAGAAGUACAGAUCAGGGUUGGGUUAUAAAAAAUCCCACGGAGCACCAUUAAAUCCAUUAUAAAAAAAUUGAAAGAAUAUGGCACCACAACAAACCUGCCAAGAGAGGGCCGCCCACCAAACUCACGGACCAGGCAAGGAGGGCAUUAAUCAGAGAGGCAACAAAGAGACCAAAGAUAACCCUGAAGGAGCUGCAAAGCUCCACAGCGGAGAUUGGAGUAUCUGUCCAUAGGACCACUUUAAGCCGUACACUCCACAGAGCUGUGCUUUAUGGAAGAGUGGCCAGAAAAAAGUCAUUGCUUAAAGAAAAACAUAAGCAAACAUGUUUGGUGGGAAACUCCCCAACCAUAUGGAAGAAGGUACUCUGGUCAGAUGAGACAAAUAUUGAGCUUUUUGGCAAUCAAGGAAAAUGUCUGGCGCAAACCCAACACCUCUCAUCACCCCGAUACUAAAUACAGGGAAUUUCUUGAGGGAAACCUGUUUCAGUCUUCCAGAGAUUUGAGACUGGGACGGAGGUUCACCUUCCAACAGGACAAUGACCCUAAGCAUACUGCUAAAGCAACACUCGAGUGGUUUAAAGGGAAACAUUUAAAUGUCUUGGAAUGACCUAGUCAAAGCCCAGAUCUCAAUCCAAUUGGAAUCUGUGGUAUGACUUAAAGAUUGCUGUACACCAGCAGAACCCAUCCAACUUGAAGGAGCUGGAGCAGUUUUGCCUUGAAGAAUGGGCAAAAAUCCCAGUGGCUAGAUGUGCCAAGCUUAUAGAGACAUACCCCAAGAGACUUGCAGCUGUAAUUGCUGCAAAGGGUGGCUCUACAAAGUAUUGACUUUGGGGGGGUGAAUAGUUAUGCACGCUCAAGUAUUCUGUUUUUUUUGUCUUAUUUCUUGUUUGUUUCACAAGAAAAAUUAUUUUGCAUCUUCAAAGUGGUAGGCAUGUUGUGUAAAUCAAAUGAUACAAACCCCCCAAAAACUCAAUUUUAAUUCCAGGUUGUAAGGCAACAAAAUAGGAAAAAUGCCAAGGGGGGUGAAUACUUUCGCAAGCCACUGUAAAACCUUCAACUUAAACCUAACUCUAACUGUAACCUGACCAAUACUGGCCAAUGUGUGUACAUGUGCAUAUGUGUGCGUGUGUGUUUAAGUGGUGGGAUUCAACAGGUUUGCUCCAGCAGCAGCCAAUAGUUUUCUGCCCUCAGCAGGGAGGGAUCUCCAUAUCUGUUACUAAUGGUCCAUAGCCAGGCGCAUGCACAGAUGGGGCUCUAUCUUUAGCCAAAGUGCCAAGAAAUCAACCUGGCCUUCUAAACGUCUGUACACGGCCCUGCCCAUAGCAGCCAACAGAUAGAGAGAGGCCUGUUAUAGUAUAGUUUACUGUUGAUUUGCUGCGUCAUGGAAACAGCCUGAGUUAUAGUACUGCAGGUGCACUGGGUCAGAUUGGUUGAGCUGGAGGAGAGUUAUACUGCCAUACUCCAGCCUAGUGUUAAUUUUGGCAUAAUUGUUUUAUUUUGACUAUAAUAACAUUAAGUCUUAGUCACAUUUUUGUCAUUUGAAUAAUUAUUUAGUCUAGUUAUUGUCAAAAUGAUGAAAACGUAAAUGCCCUUUUCUUUUUACUCAUAAUUUUAGUCACAUCACAUUUGUAUUGCCUCAUUAACCUAUAGUAAACAUAAAUCACUGACUUCCAUGUGCAUAAACAUUUUCUUACCAACAUGUUGUUCUGCAUAACAUCCUAUUGCAUGGUUCUCUUCCCAGAAGAACACAUUACUCUGCAGCAGAUUCAAAAUCACAUCCCUUGACAGGGCUUUAACAUUUCCCCCAGUGCCACCAACUUUUUCAGUUGGUGAGACCAGCCCAUGAUUUGGUUUCCCCAUUAUAAUUUUUUUGCGGCUUCACGCAAUUAAAAAAAAUGUUAUCAUUCACUUAAAGUAAUUUGCAGUGCUUUAGACUAUGUAAUAGACUACUGAGAUGGUAGUCUAUUCAAUAAAUAAGUUGUUUCAUCUAACAUGUCCAAGCAGCAAUGCAUGAUUCAAGAUAUUGUGAUGUGCAACCUAAUCCAGUGGUUGUCAUUAAUUGUGAGUUGACAAUUAUAGGCUGUUGUUAUAUUCUACUGUUAAAAUAAGGCUCCAGAAUUUUAUGAAUUUUGUGGUUCAAUAGAGAUUAAUUUGCCUACAUCUUUAUGUGCACUAAUAUCUUAGGCAAAUUUAUUUUGGGGCUUAUUCACCACAUGAGGAAGUGAAAACUCCAAACACAUUAGCUAGAUCGCUAACAGUAAAUAUAAUACCCACUGCUAGUAGUCAUGUAUUAAUCUAACAGUAAAUGUAAUGUCCUAAAAAAAACGUUGUAGUUGCAGCCUGCUACCCUAUGCACUCACAAAGGCCGAUGCGCAUUUCGCACUCUUCGUAUCUUAAAGCCAUAUCAAAUAUUUCGGCUGUAAACUAGUUGCUAUUGAGCUCAAUAUUAAGAGAUGAGAAAUAAAAAAUAUACCAACAGAAAGCUGAGAACGACAGUAGUUGUUUCCAAAGCUAUGUAUUUCCCGCAAAUAGAUUUUUAAAAAAUGUUAUACAAUCAGAAGCCUUUUUUCUCUCUCCCCAGCAGAACAGGCCCCAGUGAAACAGGCCCAGAGGCUGGGCAGACACUUUCAUUACAGCAAUCAUGAGGAUAAUGCACUUUACUGAUUUUAGCCACACAAAACAUAGGAUGUUUUGAAACAUUUGAGUGAGGUGACCAUGUAACGAAUGUUCAGCUCGCACGUGAACAAUUACACAUUUAACUCUCACAGCCACCUGCUAGCAUUAUCAAUCUGUUAUUAGCCUACCUGAGUGUAUAUAUUGCGAUGAUGCUCUUUCAGAUGUCUCUUGAGGUCAGUAGUAUUAUUCCCUGUCAACUCGUCAAACGCUGUCUUCUCCCGUGGAAAUGUUGCAUUCGGUCUUGUUUGAAUCUACACGAUAAGCAAAGUGUCUCCAAACGUUGCCCCUUUUUCUACCGGGAGCUUUUACCACUGGAAGAGUAGCCAUGCCGUGUGCCUUAUUUGCAUCAAUGAUUUGUUGCUGCCAGAUUGCAAAUAAAAAAAUAGCCCCAGACCUUUAUUCCCCCUCCACCAAACUGUACAGUUGGCACUAUGCAUUGGGGCAGGUAGUGUUCUCCUGGCAUCUGCAAAACCCAGAUUCAUCCGCCGGACUGCCAGAUGGUGAAGCGUGAUUCAUCACUCCAGAGAAUGCAUUUCCACUGUUCCAGAGUGUCCAAUGGCGGCGAGCUUUACACCACUCCAGCCAACGCUUGGCAUUGCGCAUGGUGAUCUUAGGCUUGUGUGCGGCUGCUCGGCUGCUCGGCCAUGGAAACCCAUUUCAUGAAGCUCCUGACGAACAGUUCUUGUGCUGACGUUGCUUCCAGAGGCAGUUUGGAACUCGGUAGUGAGUGUUGCAACCGAGGACAAACGAUUGUUACGUGCAAUGCACUUCAGCACUUGGCGGUCCCGUUCUGUGAGCUUGUGUUGCCUACCACUUCACGGUUGAGCCGUUGUUGCUCCUAAACAUUUCCACUUCACAAUAACAGCACUUAUAGUUGACCGGGGCAUCUCUAGCAGGGCAGACAUUUUAUAAACUUGUCACGCCCUGGCUCUGGGGACUCUCGUAUGUUGAGCCAGGGUGUUAGUUUCUAUGUUUUGUGUUGUAGGUUGUGGGUCUAGUUUUGCAUUUCUAUGUUGGCCAGGGUGGCUCCCAAUCAGAGACGGCUGUAGCUCGUUGUCUCUGAUUGGGAGCCAUACUUAGGUAGCCGUUAGGCAUUUGUUUGGUGUGGUUUCUUGUUCCGUAUUGGUUUUGUGUAGUGUAACCAAGGACGUCACGUUAUCGUUUGUUGUUUUGUUCGGGUGAUUAUUCUAAUAAAUAAAUAAGUAUGUUCACAUUCCACGCUGCGCAUUGGUCCUCUCUUCCCGACGAUCGUGACAGAAGAAACACCAUAUCUGGACCAAGCAGCGUGUCCAGGAGCCAACGCCAGAGGUGAAUCUAAAGGAUAUCAACCUCGACUGGGUCAAGCCGCGGGAGGAGGAGAGAGGCUGGACUUUGGAGCAGUGGAGUGAGAGUUGGGCGAGAACCAUGGAGGCCUGGUCCACGGGGGAGAGACAAGCCCAGAAAAUGUUUAGGGGGGGGCUCACGCCGUGGACGACGGGGCAGCAGGAGUACGGGAUAGAGUGGUUCAGCGGGUUAGCAGAGGAGGCCGCCAGGUUACGGGGGCCACUGGUCACCAAGGGGAAGGAGAGUGUAGAGGCACGGCGAGAGGUACUGGGGUGUGUUACCAGUCCGGUCCGGCCCGUUCCUGAUCACCGCGUAGGGCCAGUGGUGUGUGUGUCCCCAGUACGGUCCGGCCUGUUCCUGCUCCCCGCACCAAGCCUAUGGUGCGCGUCGCCAGCCCGGCCCGGCCUGCUCCUGCUCCCCGCACCAAGCCAAUGGUGCGCGUCGCCAGCCCGGCCCGGCCUGUUCCUGCUCCCCGCACCAAGCCUAUGGUGCGCGUCGCCAGCCCGGCCCGGCCUGCUCCUGCUCCCCGCACCAAGCCAAUGGUGCGCGUCGCCAGCCCGGCCCGGCCUGUUCCUGCUCCCCGCACCAAGCCUAUGGUGCGCGUCGCCAGCCCGGCCUGUUCCUGCUCCCCGCACCAAGCCAAUGGUGCGCGUCGCCAGCCCGGCCCGGCCUGCUCCUGCUCCCCGCACCAAGCCAAUGGUGCGCGUCGCCAGCCCGGCCCGGCCUGUUCCUGCUCCCCGCACCAAGCCUAUGGUGCGCGUCGCCAGCCCGGCCCGGCCUGUUCCUGCUCCCCGCACCAAGCCAAUGGUGCGCGUCGCCAGCCCGGUUCGGCCCGUCCCUGCUCCCCGCACCAAGCCAGUGGUGCGCGUCGUCAGCCCGGUCCGGGCCGUCCCUGCUCCCCCCACCAAGCCUGUGGUGCGCGUCGUCAGUCCGGCACAGCCCGUGCCUGUUCCACCGGUGCCUGGUCCGGCACCGGUCAGCUGCUCCACUCCAGAGCUAGAGCAAUCCGCUCCACCAGUGUUCAGUCCAGCUCCGGCCAGCAGGGCCAGACCGGACCAGGGGCGCUUUGGGGGGUUAGAGAGGGAGUGGGGGUCAUGCCCGGAUCCGGAUCCGCCGCCGAGGCGGAGUGCCCACCCGGUCCCUCCCCUGUUGUGUUUGGUUGGCGCGGUCGGAGUCCGCGCCUUUGGGGGGGGAUACUGUCACGCCCUGGCUCUGGGGACUCUCGUAUGUAGUGCAAUUUAUUCUUGUUUCGUUUUCGUCAACCCAAAUAAAAAAUAUAUUUUGUUUAGUUAUAGUUUUUUCUGGGUCUAUUUAGUCAGUUAUCGUUUCGUCAAUUACCUCUGAAAAAUAGGGCUUCACUAUGUAUACACACACUAUUUAUACACACGCACGAACGCAUGCACACACACACACACACACACACACACACACACACACACACACACACACACACACACACACACACACACACACACACACACACACACACACACACACACACACACACACACACACACACACACACACACGGAAUUGCUCAGAAGGCCACAUACCACACAGCUCCAUGUACAUGAGCAGAUAGCUCAGCCAGGGAGGGAUGCCAAAGACCGUGAGGAGGAGACGGGGAGAGGGAAAGAAAGAGGGGAGGGGUGGUGAGAACAAACAACUUUUUUUUCAACGAUCACACUACUAUUUCUCAGUUUAAUGAUCAGAGCUUAUUUCCUCAGGUUGAAAUUAUGUGUUCCAGCGCUAACUGGUUGUUGACUGAUUCAGGGAAAACGUCAUCCGUUAGUGUCUGUGACGUGAUUGGCUGAGUAAUCAGGAAACAGAUGUUUGAAAGUGUUUACAGUCUUAUUGAUUGCUCGCUCGCUCUCUCUCUCUGUCUACCUUCCUCCCCUCUCUUUCUCUGUUACUUCCUGUCUCCCCCUCCUCCUCCUUUGUUCUCCUUGUUUUUGUGCUUCAGGACAUCGAGGUGUUAGCCAUCAUCCUCAGUAUGACAGGGAAGUUUGCUAUUGCCAUAGCCUUUGGCCUCAUCUACUUAUACACCUGUGAGCUCUACCCAACCAUAAUCAGGUACAGUACACACUGUGAGCUCUACCCAACCAUAAUCAGGUACAGUACACACUGUGAGCUCUACCCAACCAUCAUCAGGUACAGUACACACUGUGAGCUCUACCCAACCAUAAUCAGGUACAGUACACACUGUGAGCUCUACCCAACCAUCAUCAGGUACAGUACACACUGUGAGCUCUACCCAACCAUCAUCAGGUACAGUACACACUGGGAGCUCUACCCAACCAUCAUCAGGUACAGUACACACUGUGAGCUCUACCCAACCAUAAUCAGGUACAGUACACACUGUGAGCUCUACCCAACCAUCAUCAGGUACAGUACACACUGGGAGCUCUACCCAACCAUCAUCAGGUACAGUACACACUGUGAGCUCUACCCAACCAUCAUCAGGUACAGUACAUACUGGGAGCUCUACCCAACCAUCAUCAGGUACAGUACAUACUGGGAGCUCUCCCAACCAUCAUCAGGUACAGUACACACUGGGAGCUCUACCCAACCAUCAUCAGGUACAGGACACACUGAGCUCUACCCAACCAUCAUCAGGUACAGGCCACACUGAGCUCUACCCAACCAUCAUCAGGUAAAGUACACACUGUGAGCUUCAUGUAUCCAACAUCCUUAAUGUAUCCUGACAGAUGCUAUCUAUUAUAUUUGUGUGUGUGUGUGUGCUCCCCUCAGGUCCCUGGCGGUGGGUAGUGGUAGUAUGAUGUGUCGUGUGGGCAGUGUGGUGGCUCCUUUCUGUGUCUACCUGGCUGACAUUUGGCAAUACCUACCACAGGUAAACAACAGACUCAGACAGACACAGACAGACAGACAGACAGACAGACAGAGCAUGUACAGUUGAAGUCGGAAUACAUACACUUAGGUUGGAGUCAUUUUAAAACUCGUUUUUCAACCACUCCACAAAUUUCUUGUUAACAAACUAGAUUUUUGGCAAGUCGGUUAGGACAUCUACUUUGUGCAUGACACAAGUAAUUGUUCCAACAAUUGUUUACAGACAGAUUAUUUCACUUAUAAUUCACUGUAUCACAAUUCCAGUGGGUCAGAAGUUUACAUACACUAAGUUGACUGUGCCUUUAAACAGCUUGGAAAAUUCCAGAAAAUGAUGUCAUGGCUUUAGAAGCUUCUGAUAGGCUAAUUGACAUAAUUUGAGUCAAUUAGAGGUGUACCUGUGGAUGUAUUUCAAGGCCAACCUUCAAACUCAGUGCCUCUUUGCUUGACAUCAUGGGAAAUUCAAAAUAAAUCAGCCAAGACCUCAGAAAAACUAUUGUAGACAUCCACAAGUCUGGUUUGUCCUUGGGAGCAAUUUCCAAAUGCCUGAAGGUACCACAUUCAUCUGUACAAACAAUAGUACGCAAGUAUAAACACCAUGGGACCACGCAGCCGUCAUACCACUCAGGAAGGAGACGCGUUCUGUCUCCUAGAGAUGAACGUACUUUGGUGCGAAAAGUGCAAAUCAAUCCCAGAACAACAGCAAAGGACCUUGUGAAGAUGCUGGAGGAAACAGGUACAAAAGUAUCUAUAUCCACAGUAAAACGAGUCCUAUAUCGACAUAACCUUAAAGGCUGCUGAGCAAGGAAGAAGCCACUGCUCCAAAACCGCCAUAAAAAAGCCAGACUACGGUUUGCAACUCCACAUGGGGACAAAGAUCUUACUUUUUGGAGAAAUGUCCUCUGGUCUGAUGAAACAAAAAUAGAACUGUUUGGCCAUAAUGACCAUCAUUAUGUUUGGAGGAAAAAGGGGGAUGCUUGCAAGCCGAAGAACACCAUCCCAACCGUGAAGCACGGGGGUGGCAGCAUCAUGCUGUGGGGGUGCUUUGCUGCAGGAGGGACUGGUGCACUUCACAAAAUAGAUGGCAUCAUGAGGAAAGAAAAUGAUGUGCAUAUAUUGAAGCAACAUCUCAAGACAUCAGUCAGGAAGUUAAAGCUUGGUCGCAAGUGGGUCUUCCAAAUGGACAAUGACCCCAAGCAUACUUCCAAAGUUGUGGCAAAAUGGCUUAAGGACAACAAAGUCAAGGUAUUGGAGUGGCCAUCACAAAGCCCUGACCUCAAUCCUAUAGAAGGUUUGUGGGCAGAACUGAAAAAGUGUGUGCGAGCAAGGAGGCCUACAAACCUAACUCAGUUACACCAGCUCUGUCAGGAGGAAUGGGCCAAAAUUCACCCAAUUUAUUGUGGGAAGCUUGUGGAAGGCAAUUUAAAUGCAAUGCUACCAAAUACUAAUUGAGUGUAUGUAAACUUCUGACCCACUGGGAAUGUGAUGAAAGAAAUAAAAGCUGAAAUAAAUCAUUCUCUCUACUAUUAUUCUGACAUUUCACAUUCUUAAAAUUAAGUGGUGAUCCUAACUGAACUAAGACUAGGAUUAAAUGUCAGGAAUUGUGAAAAACUGAGUUUAAAUGUAUUUGUCUAAGGUGGAUGUAAACUUCUGACUUCAACUGUAUUAUAACAUACCCUUACUUUUUUCUUCUUCCACUAACUCAAUUUCCUUUUCUCCUCUCUUUGCUUUUUCCUCUCCCAUAGCUGAUCGUGGGGAUCCUGGCAUUUAUAAUAGGUGUUCUGACCCUGUGGUUACCAGAGACCCUGGGUGAGCCCCUGUCCAGCACCAUGGAGGAAGCUGAAGCUCUAGGCAGGAAGAAGAGCCCCGAGGAGGGAAAUAAAGACCCUGAGGAAGGCUUGGAGAUUAACUUGAACCAGAGCAACUAG